UGACUGUUUUCUCGCCGCGGUUCUACGACAAGUUUUACUACACGACCGGCUGGGGUGCGCCCGUUGUCAUGACAACGGUGUGGGCGGUCGUCACUGGACUCAACUACGGUCACGUCAGCUGCUGGUGGAAUUAUAACCUGACGAACCUGUACUGGAUCCUAGAGGGGCCGCGCAUUGCAGUCAUGGUGCUGAAUGUCGCCUUUUUGGUGAACAUCAUCAUAGUUCUUGUAACGAAGAUGCGUCAGAGCAACUCGAGUGAAGCGCAACAAGUCAGGAAGGCGGUGAAGGCGGCCGUGGUGCUCCUGCCGCUGCUGGGGGUCAGCAACAUCAUCAACAUGGUGGACGCGCCGCUGGGCCGCUCGGUGGCAGAGUUCGCCGUCUGGUCUUACCUGACUCACUUCCUCACAUCCUUCCAGGGCUUCUUCGUCUCACUGCUCUACUGUUUCCUCAACGGAGAGGUGCGUCUGGCCAUCAGUAAGAUGAUCUACGACUACUGCUCGCUGCGCACUGCGGACACCUACCGGCGCGGCUCGGGCUUCUCCAGCGUGUUCCUGACAACAGUCGCUGAGCCGGCUCGCGGUGAACCAGCUCGCUCAUUGGUCACCUGUGGCUGUGUGCGCACCAAACCCUCUUCACCGGCCUGCCAGGGUGUCUGCCGAAUGCUGCUGCCAAGCCCGCCGGCCGGGCGCGUGCACACCGAGAUCUGAGAGGGCCAGCGCCAGCCCGACGGCGCGCCGCAGUUCGGUGACGUCCUAGCUAGAACUGCAUGAUCGUCCACUGUGUUAGCUGUGUCGGCUCGACCGGAGCAGGACUCAAGUCUGAUCUCAUCGUCACCUAUCGCCGGUCAGUGGUAGCUGCAGUUGCGUCAUUGGCCACCAGGGCGGCGCUGCCCGCUCGGGGUGCGGCAGCGCCCGGGGGAGACCGGGCGGCCAGGGCUUGCCUCGGACAUGGAUGAAGUAUGCCUGGAUAGGACACUCCCUAUUCCCCAACACUAGCGCCGGCGACCAAGCGGCCGCCUUGGUGGCGGAGCUCCGAAACAUCGGCGGCGAGUGCGCCGGCGGCCGCCGCACCGGCUUGCGUGCUAAAAACGCGGUAUUGGAGGGCGAAAUUAGCGAACUUUAAGCUCAUAAGACACGAUUUCAGAGACUUCACACAUAUUUUUAGUUCUUUCUUAUAAUUAUUAUGGCUCCAUUUAGUCACUAUCACAUACGGAAUCAUUACCUGAUGCCCAUAAACUGAGCCGGUAUUCUUGACUUG